AGACAGGCCAGCUCUUCAAAGCAAGGUCACAUCCCGAUCAAAGUCGGUGCCAUUGCCAUCUUGGUGAAUUACCUCGAUGACAAAGGAGAGUUGUUGACCACAAUUCCGCCUGUCAGAACAGAGAUGUCGAAGUUAAAACGAAGAGGAUGCGCUCAUUUUGAUGGAGAUCAGUCUGAGGACGGAAGUGUGGAUUUCAGCUUUUGUUUAGACUGGACAUUUGAGGAAGUUGAUGCUUACAUUCGAAGAUUAUUUCCCAAAGUCUUUGAAUACCUUGACUCUGUGAAGGUUGGUGAUGUCAAAGGGAAGGCUACGGACAAUGGGGCAUCUGAAUGGGUGUUAAUUUCGAAAGAGAACCGCAGGCUCAGUGUCGCACCUGAGCCCUUCCCAACUGGCAAACACCUCGAACGGUACAAAGGCAGAAGCAAUGCCCCACUUCAACAGACAAAUAUCUUUAUUGGUGAGUCGUUGAUAAAUUCGUCCUAG